GAACUUCCUGAGCUGCCAACAAGUGGCGACCGAGUUUUGCAGAGCAGCCGUGUUACAAGCCUCUGUUGUUCACAGACAGAAUCUGCCUGCCCCUUUCGUUAGAAAGGGUCCAUAUCACAACAGGGGCAUGUGCUUUUUCUUAGCAGUGCUCAGUCCUGCUGAGUCAGAGUCACUUUGUAUGCAGCCAAGCACAAGCCAGUAAAACGGACUUUAAUCAAGUUGUUCUGAGCCAUGCAAAAAAGCAGAGGUAAAUGCAGAUGUGAACUGCUUAGAGGCAGGAUAUUUUCAGAAGGUAAGACAAGGAUGGGCUGAAGCAGAGGAGAGCUACUGCAGGUAGAGAAGUGAAUGCAAUACGCAUACUAGAGAAACCAACGACUUUUUGUGUGGGGAGCUCCCAGCUGAGUUAAUGUCCUACUGGAUCUGUGACACAAAGCUUAAGUCUGGCACCCUGACUGAGCAAGCAGGAAAUGCUUCUUUGUCCUGGCAAUUUGGGAUUCAGGGGAGGAGCCCCACUGUGCUGAGAGCACCUUGCCCCAAGCCAGUCGCAGCCUCUACUACAGGACCAGCACAGGUUACCUGAACAACUAGACUCAGCAGAGGUGGCAGCUGCUGUAAGUCUCCUGCAAGUAAGGACCACAGAGCCCCACAGGUGUGCAGGAACAGGAGGAAGCCACAUACUAUACAGAUGAAAUAUGAAAUUUUGCCUCAUUCUUACAAGCGAUUUGUGAACUUGAAUAUAAAGUACAGAGAUCUAAUGCACGCUGAUAAGUCCUAAUUAUUAUUGCUUCACAGCAACUGAAUGAGUAACAGGUUCAUAAGGAGUUUUCAGUAUCAGAGAAAGUAAAGUUCACUGGCUGACACACAACUGGCUAACAAUUCUUUCUACUAUAGAUGCAGUGAGAAGUUGAUCCUUACCAACAAGCAGAUCCUGUUUUUCCCUUCCUAAGGACCAGCUGGGCCACUUUGAUCAACACCUUUAACUGUCAGGCCUUUAUCUUCUUUGAACCAACAUGGAAAGCAAUCUUAAGAAUGUCCUUGUCAUUUCUUUUGGAUUUUUACUUCUAUUUACUGCUUAUGGAGGGCUUCAGAGUCUGCAGAGCAGUCUCCACUCUGAAGAAGGUCUUGGCGUUGCCUCACUAAGUGUUAUCUAUGCAGCUCUUAUCCUCUCUUCCAUGUUUCUCCCUCCAAUCCUCAUUAAGAAGCUGGGCUGCAAGUGGACCAUUGCAGGCUCCAUGUGCUGCUACAUCGCAUACUCCUUGGGCAACUUCUAUGCCAGCUGGUAUACGCUAAUCCCUACCUCCAUAAUCCUGGGAUUUGGGGGAGCUCCUCUCUGGUCUGCUAAAUGCACCUAUCUCACAAUAGCUGGCAAUUUGUAUGCCCAAAAGGCAGGGAAAAUUGGAAGAGAUGUCAUCAAUCAGUAUUUUGGGCUCUUCUUUCUCAUAUUCCAGUCUUCUGGAGUCUGGGGAAAUCUUAUUUCAUCUUUGAUAUUUGGCCAAACUAUCACCACAGUAGUGGAAGUCUCAGCAGAAGACCUGAUGUGCUGUGGAGCAUAUAACUGCAUGGCAAAUGCUACAGCUAACACCACUACAUCGAGUGGGCCAACCAAGACCUUAAUCUAUACCCUGUUGGGUAUCUACACUGGUAGUGGUGUGAUAGCUGUGUUGCUGAUUGCUCUAUUUCUGGAUCAAAUCAAAGCCAACCAAGCAGAGAGCGAGACAGAAAAGAUGCAGACACAGUCCUUUUGGUCCACAUUCUUAGCAACUUUCCAGCAUCUUAAAGAUAAGCGACAGUGUCUCCUAAUCCCUUUGACAAUGUACAGUGGAUUUGAACAGGCAUUCCUUGCUGGUGACUAUACAAAGUCAUAUGUGACCUGUGCCCUGGGGAUACAUUUUAUUGGUUAUGUGAUGAUCUCCUUUUCAGCUACAAAUUCGCUCUGCUCUCUGUUCUUUGGAAAGAUUUCCCAGUUUACUGGCAGAAAAGCCCUAUUUGCAUUAGCUGCAAUUACAAACCUUGCCUGUAUAAUAGCGCUAUUGCUGUGGAAACCUCACCCAAACCAACUUGCUGUCUUCUUCAUAUUCUCUGCUCUUUGGGGCCUAGCUGAUGCCAUCUGGCAGACAGAAACCAAUGCACUCUAUGGAGUUUUAUUUGAGAAGCACAAAGAGGCAGCCUUUGCUAAUUAUCGACUCUGGGAGUCACUGGGAUUUGUCAUCGCCUUUGGAUACAGCACCUUCUUACAUGUUUACAUCAAACUGUACAUCGUAAUGGCUGUGCUGGUCGUGGCCAUAGCAAUGUAUGGGACAGCUGAAUACCUAGAAGCAAAGGACUUGCCUGGAAAACCUACCACUGUGAAGGAGGAAAUAACAGGAUCUGUAGUCCAGCAAACACGUCUUUAAACCCAACAGGAUCAGAGCAGUAGAAACAAAGAAUUCUGGGCAGCUUAGCACAACUGAUUUCUUUAAGGGAGAUUCAAAGUGUUCAAUCAGAUUUUAGAAGAAUAUAAAGGAACUGUUUUCUUGGUCAGUCUAAUAUAAAGAAAUAGGAAUAAAUCUCCUUUCAUACCUCUGUUUUUUAAAAGGUUAUCUGACUGUCAUUUCACUCAAACUCUUACUAAUAAUGAACAAUUAUUUUUUUAAAAA